AUGUCUCGACAUGAUCACUGGCGGCCGGUGUCGCUUCCUCCUCUUCGAACCACACGAUACUCGGGCUACCCCGAAUAUCCUCAGCUUCCACCGAUCGCCUGCGACCCAUUGCACGACUUGCAUCGAGUGCCCUUUUUGCACAAGAACUCCGAAUACCGAGUACCAUUUAUGGCAGAAUCCAACUUGACCGAAGCCAAUGGCAAUUCGACCACGGCCGAAUCGAGUGCAGAAAAGGCACAUAUGGCAGAAAGACACGGGGAUACGGCAUAUGAUCCUGGGGCGCGAUCUCCAGCCGACACCCACAACGACGUUCCAUUGACACCUACACACGCAGAAGAACAGCCAGUCGAAAGACAAGAAUUUAUGAGCGGGUGGCCGCUGUACAUGCUUACUAUGGGCAUCUGGAUCUCCCUCUUCCUAUCGACUUUGGAGACGACAAUUGUCAGUACAUCUCUGAUUGCGAUAUCAGAUUCUUUAAGCGGCUUCGAGCUUCGAAAUUGGGUAGUCACGGCAUACUUCCUGACCUACACCGGAUUUCUCGUUAUUUAUGCGAAACUCGCUAGCAUUUUCGGAUCCAAAACGAUGUUCAUUUUCGCUCUGACUAUGUUCACGGUCUUCUCGAUUGGCUGCGGCUCGGCAACAACCAUGGAACAAUUGAUCAUUCUUCGGGCAUUCCAAGGGAUUGGCGGGUCAGGUAUCUACUCUAUGGUCCUAGUCAUUGCACCUGCGCUUGUUCCCAAAACCGAAUACGGAAAAUACAUCGGUAUCAUUUCAUCAGUUUUUGCACUGGCCAGUAUCACGGGACCGCUUGUUGGUGGCGCCAUUUCUAGUAGCUCAUCGUGGAGAUGGGUGUUUCUGCUAAAUGGUCCGCCCGGCUUCGUGGCAAUUGCAAUUGUUGCAAUCUUUCUGCCGGCAAGCAAAACUGAGCGCACGACCGAUUUCAAGACUCGCAUGAAAAACAAGUUCACCCGCGAGACCUUGCAACGAGUCGACUUCAUUGGCGCAGGUUCGCUUCUAGGUGCCUCUGUCCUCCUGGUAUUUGCCCUCGAGUCGGGCGGUACACGAUAUCCAUGGGACAGCUCAGCCAUAUCAUCCACUUUCAUCUUUUCGGGGAUUUUGUGGAUAGUUUUCAUUGUAUGGGAAAUCCGCUUGGAAAGGAAGGACAACAUGCCACAAGAGCCCAUCUUCAUCAUGGGUCUACUCAAAGACCGACAGCUGGCCAGCAUGAUGUUCACAACAUUCUUCAUUGGAUUCCCCUUCGUCACCAUCUUGUUCAUCAUCCCACAACGAGCACAAGCAGUUUAUGGACUGAACCCUGUGCAGUCGAGUUUAUCUGUUUUGCCACUGCUGCUAACAUCCCCAUUCGCCACGGCGAUUUCUGGCGUGCUCACAUCCAACUACAACGUGCCACCAGCUCACCUCAUUCUCAUUGGAGCUGUGAUUCAACUGGUUGGAGUUGGUCUCGCUGUGAGUAUCCCUCUCACUGGAGAUCAUAUAUCGGCCUCCCAAUAUGGUUUUGAGGCCGUGAUGGGAGUUGGCUUUGGGUUGACACUGAGUACGGUGUUGACACUGGGUCAACUCAUCGUAAGCAAAGAAAACGCGGGUAUUGUCAUGGGUGCACUCACUCAGAUUCGCGUUCUCGGGGGAACGAUUGCCUUGGCAAUAUGCUCUGCUGUCCUCUCCAAUGAUUUGAGGGCAGGUCUUGCUGGACUCAUCAGACCAGAUGAGUUCGGGCAGAUUGCAGAAUCUUUGUCGUCGAUCAACGACCUUGACCCGGAACGCGCCGCCAAAGUUCGCCUGGCGUUCGCAACGGGAUACAAACGACAAUUCCAAAUUCUCACUGGAUUCAGCGGUCUAGCCCUUUUGGCGGCCUUGUUUCUUUUCAGUCGACACCCUGUGACAGUAAAAGGUGCAGCAGCUAAGGAGACUCCGGGAACAUCAAUCGACUCGUAUGAGCUAGCUGCAAGAGGAUCAUCUGAAGCUCAGAGAAACACAUAG